AUGAACCGUGAACCAUCGCCCGCGUCUCGUGCAGCGAUCCUCCACUAUUUUCCCCGCUCUCCAAUCGUCCGCGACAUCUCUGCAAUCGUCCCCGCCCUGUUGAACGAUACUGAAAUCGUGACUACCCUAGCAAAAAACAUCGGUUACUACCAUGCUCACGAUUUCACCUCGGAUACAGAGCUCGAGUAUCUCCUUACCCAGAUCCUUUUCUGUGAUGAUGAAGAAGGUAAAGUACAUCAGAACCUGGAUAACCGAGUACAUCAACUCUACCAUUUCGCAAAGCGCCAGAUUGAGCAAUAUUGCAACAUCGUCGUCCCCGCUCACAGGUCGCGCGAGGUGGAAACCCAUCAGAGAACGUUGAAGAAGACUGUCCGACACCACAAAAAGAACUGGCGACGCAAGUGUGCAGCAGCCCGUUCGAUACUGCCCGAAGAAUGA